AUGCCUAGAAUUCCCGUUAAACUUAAUUGCAUUGCUGAUGUUUGUUUGUUACCAAUUGGUACCGGUGCCCCAUCGGUGUCCAACUAUGUGACUGCGGCCGAAAAGAUGAUCAGAGAUAGUGGUCUCAAAAGUACUCUACAUAGUGCUGGCACCACCAUCGAAGGCGAAUGGUCUGAAGUUAUGGAUGUUAUUGGCAGACUUCAUGAAAAAGUUCAUAGUAUGGGGGUCCUGAGAAUACAGAGCGAUAUCAGGGUUGGUACAAGAACUGAUAAGGCCCAGACUGCCAAGGAUAAGGUGGACACCGUUGAAAGAAAGUUGAAGAACUUAUGA